AUCCACACAAGCAAAAAAAAAUAAUAUCCAAACCUAAGGAAGCCAAAAUGCCGCUAGAGUCACGUCUACCGAGAUCGAUAGCAAUAGAUAUAACAUUUAAAUACGUAGACAAUUUUACAGAGGAGUCGCUUCCAGCAUGGUCCUCUGAAAUAUGGAAAAAAAUGAGCAAGGAUUCAGGUGAAGUGUGGAACAGCCACCUGUGGUUUAUAAAUGUUCGAGAAGAUAGGCGUGGAAUAUUAACUGAAGCGAGAAAAAGAGCUGGGUUACCACCGAUAAAAUCUAGAAAAGCGAAAAAACCUGAAUCUGAUGAAGAACUUUUUGAUGGAGAUGAUAUAUAUGAUAGCGAUUAUGUAGAUGAAUUUGAUACUGAUACAGAAUUAUGGUUUGAGUUAACUUUAACUCACAAACAGUGGUCUGAGAUAAAACCACUAGAUGGAAUUGAACUGAAGAGAACUCCGUUGAGAAAAAAUGUAUGGACUAAUAUUGUCGCUAUAGCAUUUUGGGAACAGCAUGGAUUGCCAUGUGCUUAUGUGUUUAAAAAAGGCUACGUGAAUAAGGAUCCUUCUUUGAAGCAUUUUGUUAUAAUUAAUGGAAAAUGUAGGAGCAAGCUUUGUGGAAAUAAAUUUUAUGCUAUUGCUGAUGUCGAGCCAGAGCCUAAUGAACCACUUUGCUUACGUGUUAGGACCAGGGAUACCACUAUGGAAGAUCAUGAAGAUGUGAAACGGCCGUUGAAUGGCGAACGAAGACGAGAUUUUGCUCAAGCUGCUGUAAUUGAAGGUAGCACUAAUCUCAAAAAACGAUUAGAACUUUCGGUGCCUCAAAAAAACUGUCCGUUAAUUCCGAAUAUAAGUACAAUUAGUUUUGCUAAAAAACAAUUAAAAGACAAAUGUUUAGAAUCUGGUGUUAAAUUAAAUUUAAAAGCUGAUUGUAGUAAUAUAUUAAUUAAUAAUAAUGAUAUUAAAAAUAAUAAUAAUGAUAAAGAGAUUAUAGAUGUUGAUGAAGAUGUCGAUGCUCCAUUUUUAAUUUUACUUAGUACACCUGAACAAAGUCAAUAUUAUCGCGAUUGUUGUCAUUUGGAUAAUGUUAAAGCUGUUGGUAUUGAUGAAAAAGGAAAUCUGAUACCAUUUGUAUAACAUUCAAUUAAGGUUUUAUUUAAUACAUUUUUUUAUAAUUUAAAUAUAAGGAAUUUAAGUGUUAGUCUAUUAUGAAUUUAUUUAAAAGAAAAUCAUUUGAUUU